AACUAAACUAGUUUAACAACAAUUAGUGUUCACAAAACACUAUUGAAUUACUUAAAAUUUUAAUUUUUUGUGUGCACUCUUUCAUUAUGUAAUCCAGGUCAUUCCCUUAAUUUCUUACUUUUAGUGAUCUUUAAAACAUACUUUAGUGUUUGUCUAAACAAUCCAUAAGGUAUCUUUCAUAAACCAUGAUUAAAAGCCCUAAAAGCACAGCAACCCUUACAGAAAUCCUGCAAAAUUUCAAAAGGCCAAAUUGAAAGAAUAGGAAUCUCAUUUCCCACUUUCACUAAAUAGUCCAAACAAGUGUGCUACAUAUUUUUGACUUAACAAAAUUAAUGGCACUUAGGAAUAACUAAAACCCAUUAAUCCUGCAUGGCUUCAAGGUGACUUUUGGUUCACUCAAGCUUUUCCUUUUCUGCCUUCCUUUUUCUUUGUAUACUCAUAGAUAGUGAGAAAGCAAACACUUUUAUCAUCUCUUCCAUUUAGAAACAGCUUUUACUAAGGAUUUUGCAGUUGAAUUGCUUGGAUUCUUUGAGAGAUGGGUAUUGCUACUGUCGGUGAACUGAAGCAAAGUAUGUCAGGGAAGAGAUCGUUUCGUCCGAAUUCUAGUAUUAGACAUGCCACAGAAUGGCCAAUAUCUGACGUUUCUAGUGAUCUGAUUGUUGAAGUAGGAACGUCAACCUUUUCACUACACAGGUUCCCUCUUGUUUCUCGGAGUGGAAGGUUUCGAAAACUGAUGUUGGAAGCAAAAGACCAGAAAGUUGCAAGGGUGACUCUCCAUGGGAUUCCAGGGGGAUUGGAGGCAUUCGAAAUUGCUUCAAAAUUUUGUUAUGGAGUAAAUGUCGAUAUCAACUUGUCAAAUGUUGCCAUGAUAAGGUGUGUAUCUCAGUACCUUGAAAUGACAGAGGAGUUGGCUGACAAGAACUUGGAAAUUCGGUGUGAAAACUUUCUAAAGGAAACGGUUCUAUCAAAUAUCUCGAACUCAAUAUCAGUUCUUCACUGUUGUGAAUCCUUGCUACCUAUAGCCGAAGAAAUCAACAUGGUCAGUAAAAUUAUCAAUAGUAUAGCGAUAAACGUGUGUAAAGAGCAGCUCACUACUGGGUUAUCGAGACUAGAGCAGAAUUUCCUUGUCAACCCAACGAACGUAGAAAUAGAACCAGAGACUCCAUUAGAUUGGUGGGAUAAUUUACUCACUGUCCUCAACUUAGAUUUCUUCCGACGAGUCAUAUCAGGAGUAAAAUCGAAGGGAUUAAAACAAGAAACCAUUACGAAGAUUUUGAUAAACUACGCGCACAACUCCCUCCAAGGUCAGGUGAACAAAGACAUUCAAAUGGUGAAGGGAAGCUUAACAGACAAUGAAUUGCAGAAGAAACAAAGGAUGAUUGUCGAAACCAUUGUUAGUUUACUACCAGCCCAGUCGAGGAAAAGUUCAGUGCCAUUAUCAUUUCUUUCGGGCUUACUGAAGAUCACGAUUUUGGGGUCUUGUUCUGCUGCUUGUAAAGCCGACGUAGAGAGGAGGAUCGGCUUACAGCUAGACCAAGCUAUAAUUGAAGAUAUCCUCAUCCCUGCAAAUGCACCAAGCAACAACCAACAAUGCAUGUAUGAUAUAGAUACAAUUGUGAGGAUCUUCUCCAAUUUUCUCAACAUAGAUGAGGAUGACAAUGAUGAAGACGACGAGGAUCAUAAUGAGAAUAUGGGUUACGAUUUCGAUAGCCCCGGAUCUCCAAAACAAAGCUCAAUGAUCAAGGUUUCUAAGUUACUAGACACUUUCUUGGCAGAAAUUGCACUAGACCCAAACUUGACACCAUCCAAGUUUACAGCUCUGGCGGAAUUACUUCCAGACCACGCUCCUGUCGUGAAUGAUGGACUAUACAGAGCAGCAGAUAUCUUCCUCAAGGUUCAUCCAAAUAUCAAGGAAUCGGAACGGUAUCGACUAUGCAAAACCAUUGAUUGUCAAAAACUAUCCCAAGAAGCAUGUAGUCAUGCAGCUCAAAAUGAAAGGUUACCGGUGCAAAUGGCGGUACAAGUUCUAUAUUUUGAGCAAAUCAGACUAAAGAAUGCAAUGAAUGGAAGCCACAACCAGUUGUUCUUCGGUUCAAUGAACGGACAAUUUCCUCAACGCUCCAGUAGCGGUGCAGGUAGUGGAGCAAUUUCACCUAGAGAUAACUAUGCAUCAGUAAGAAGAGAGAAUCGAGAACUAAAACUCGAAGUUUCAAGAAUGAGGAUGAGAUUGACCGACUUAGAGAAAGACCAUGUCUCCAUGAAAAAAGAACUCAUUCAACCAAAUUCUGCUAAUAAGCUACUCAAAGCGUUCAAGAAAAAACUGCGUUUAUUCAAUUCCCUCUUUCGCAUAAGAGAGAUUAAAUCUGUUGGUUCCAGGUCCGAUUCCGAUGCUCGAUAUGUCUUCCAGAAACAGGGACAUCACUCUGUUUCGUAAAUCUUGGAUCAUAAAUGAACUUCGUAUAUUAGUAGUAUAUGUAUGUAUGAGUGUAUAGCAUUAAGAGUAUUCAUAACUUUGAUUAUGUUUUUGUAUCUAGUUGAUAGUAUUCAAUUUUGAGAUCAAAUGUUGAAUGCAAUUUAUUCCAUUUUGCAUGCUCU